GGAACUGAAAGCGAGUAUCAGCCCAGAGCGCAGUCUAAGGCGGGAGAGACGGUGGCGGGUGAGCUAGGGGCUGCUAGACGAAGCGGGGAGAAAGUGAACUUCAGCCCCUUCCCCUCCCCACUGCCGCGGCUGGGGCAACCCAACCCGCGCCUGAAACGGCUUGGCUUGACCUGCGGAAGCGUGGGCCGGGAUGGCGUGGGGAGAGGGAGGUAGGUGCCACUGGGCUGCAGAUGACGCGUGGUUGGGGGGGUUUGCUGUGGGACAAGAGGAUCAGGCCCCUGCCUGCGCCCUCCAAUCAGCGGUGGCUCUGUCUGCCUGCGGUUUUCCUGGAGGCCUAUCUACCCCGGGGACACUCUCAUCCUUCAGGCGGUCUCCUGGACGCCCUUUCCUCCCCUUGCCCCGAGCCUGACCUGGCUCUUUCGCCCCUCGGAGAACCGGCUGCAUUGGAGUUUUCGAAAGACUUAUCUCUCUGCAGGCUCACCUCUGAGCUUUGUCUCCUUGGAGCCACCUCACUUAGCUUCAGAUGUGGAUGUGGAUUUGAAUCAUGUCGCAGCCCCAGGGACUGCUAUGGCUCCCUUUGUUGUUCACCUCCGUCUGUGUCAUGUUAAACUCCAAUGUCCUCCUGUGGAUAACUGCUCUUGCCAUCAAGUUCACCCUCAUUGACAGCCAAGCACAGUAUCCAGUUGUCAACACAAAUUAUGGCAAAAUCCGGGGCCUAAGAACACCGUUACCCAGUGAGAUCUUGGGUCCAGUGGAGCAGUACUUAGGGGUCCCCUAUGCCUCACCCCCCACUGGAGAGAGGCGGUUUCAGCCCCCAGAAUCCCCGUCCUCCUGGACUGGCAUCCGAAAUGCUACUCAGUUUGCUGCUGUGUGCCCCCAGCACCUGAAUGAGAGAUACUUAUUGCAUGACAUGCUGCCUAUCUGGUUUACCUCCAGUUUGGAUACUUUGAUGACCUAUGUUCAAGAUCAAAAUGAAGACUGCCUUUAUUUAAACAUCUAUGUGCCCACGGAAGAUGGAACCAACAUAAAGAGAAACGCAGAUGAUAUAACCAGUAAUGAACAUGGUGAAGAUGAAGAUAUUCAUGAACAAAACAGUAAGAAGCCAGUUAUGGUCUAUAUCCAUGGGGGAUCUUACAUGGAGGGCACCGGUAACAUGAUUGAUGGCAGCAUUUUGGCCAGCUAUGGGAAUGUCAUCGUUAUCACCAUUAACUACCGUCUGGGAAUACUAGGGUUUUUAAGUACCGGUGACCAGGCAGCAAAAGGCAACUAUGGGCUCCUGGAUCAGAUUCAAGCACUGCGGUGGAUUGAGGAGAAUGUGGGAGCCUUUGGCGGGGACGCCAAGAGAGUGACUAUCUUUGGCUCGGGGGCUGGGGCCUCCUGUGUCAGCCUGUUGACCCUGUCCCACUACUCAGAAGGUCUCUUCCAGAAGGCCAUCAUUCAGAGCGGCACCGCCCUGUCCAGCUGGGCAGUGAACUACCAGCCGGCCAAGUACACUCGGAUAUUGGCAGACAAGGUCGGCUGCAACAUGCUGGACACCACGGACAUGGUAGAGUGCCUGCGGAACAAGAACUACAAGGAGCUCAUCCAGCAGACCAUCACCCCGGCCACCUAUCACAUAGCCUUCGGGCCGGUGAUCGACGGCGACGUCAUCCCAGACGACCCCCAGAUCCUGAUGGAGCAAGGCGAGUUCCUCAACUACGACAUCAUGCUGGGUGUCAACCAAGGGGAAGGUUUGAAGUUCGUGGACGGCAUCGUGGAUAACGAGGACGGUGUGACGCCCAACGACUUUGACUUCUCUGUGUCCAACUUCGUGGACAACCUUUACGGCUAUCCUGAAGGGAAAGACACUUUGCGGGAGACUAUCAAGUUCAUGUACACAGACUGGGCCGAUAAGGAAAAUCCGGAGACGCGGCGGAAAACCCUGGUGGCUCUCUUUACUGACCACCAGUGGGUGGCCCCCGCCGUGGCCACCGCUGACCUGCACGCACAGUACGGCUCCCCAACCUACUUCUAUGCCUUCUAUCAUCACUGCCAAAGCGAAAUGAAGCCCAGCUGGGCGGAUUCGGCCCAUGGUGAUGAGGUCCCCUAUGUCUUCGGCAUCCCCAUGAUCGGUCCCACCGAGCUCUUCAGUUGUAACUUUUCCAAGAACGACGUCAUGCUCAGUGCCGUGGUGAUGACCUACUGGACGAACUUCGCCAAAACUGGUGAUCCAAAUCAACCAGUUCCUCAGGAUACCAAAUUCAUUCACACAAAACCCAACCGCUUUGAAGAAGUGGCCUGGUCCAAGUAUAAUCCCAAAGACCAGCUCUAUCUGCAUAUUGGCUUGAAACCCAGAGUGAGAGAUCACUACCGGGCAACGAAAGUGGCUUUCUGGUUGGAACUCGUUCCUCAUUUGCACAACUUGAACGAGAUAUUCCAGUAUGUUUCAACAACCACAAAGGUUCCUCCACCAGACAUGACAUCAUUUCCCUAUGGUACCCGGCGAUCUCCCUCCAAGAUAUGGCCAACGACCAAACGCCCAGCAAUCACUCCUGCCAACAAUCCCAAACACUCUAAGGACCCUCACAAAACAGGGCCCGAGGACACAACUGUCCUCAUUGAAACCAAACGAGAUUAUUCCACUGAAUUAAGUGUCACCAUUGCCGUCGGGGCGUCGCUCCUCUUCCUCAACAUCUUAGCUUUUGCAGCGCUGUACUACAAAAAGGACAAGAGGCGCCAUGAGACUCACAGGCGCCCCAGUCCCCAGAGAAACACCACAAAUGAUAUCGCUCACAUCCAGAAUGAAGAGAUCAUGUCUCUACAGAUGAAGCAGCUGGAACACGAUCAUGAGUGUGAGUCGCUGCAGGCACAGGACACGCUGAGGCUCACCUGCCCGUCAGACUACACCCUCACGCUGCGCCGGUCUCCAGAUGACAUCCCACUUAUGACGCCAAACACCAUCACCAUGAUUCCAAACACACUGAUAGGAAUGCAGCCUUUACACACUUUUAACACCUUCAGUGGAGGACAAAACAGUACAAAUUUACCCCACGGACAUUCCACCACUAGAGUAUAGCUUUUCCGUAUUUCCCCUCCUAUCCCUCUGUCCCGACUGCUUAACAACAUAGAAGAGACAAAUAAGGAGAAAGAAAAUCUCCAAACCACGAAUGUUUUUGUGCCACUGACUUUAGAUAAAAAUGCAAAAGGGCAGUCAUCCUGUCCCAGCAGACCCUUCUCAUUGGCAUUUUCCAGUAUUGUGAGAUCAAGUUCUGACCAUAUGAAAUGUGAAAAGUAUAUGUUUCUGUUACAAUACUGCUUUAAGAUCUCAACCAUGCCAACAGAUGUUUCCUGUGACUAGGACAUCAGCAUUUCAAGGACCCGUGUGUUUCCAACAUCAUGGUAGCAGCUAACACUUCCAAAACUCAGCCAGGGACACUUAAUAUUUUUUAAUUACAAUGGAAAUUUAAACAUUUCUAUCUGGGCUACAAAAUGGAUGGCUCUUCUUAAGUGAAGAAAGAAUCUACGGGCUUUUACACAGCACAUGGAGCUAUAAUCUAGAGAGAAGGAAAUGUAGAAUUUUAUUAUCAAAGUAAGAGAAUUGACUGUGUAGAAAAAUUGUAGGGUUCUGUGGAAAGAGGUGUUCCACCAGCCUGAACUAUAUUUAAGAAACUUUGUAAAAAAUAAAAAUGUAUAUAGCUGUGAGUUCAAACAAAAACUGCAGACAAAAAAGAGAAAAACUUUUAUUUGUGUUUUCAGUUUGAAAGAACUUUUAGCAAGAUUGUGCUUUCACACACAUAUUAGUCGUACCACCUUAGUUCCUCUACAGCAAAAGAGGCUUUUCUUCUUAAUUACAUGUAAACGAAGACAUGGGAUUUUCUGACAUGGGAUUUUCAUUUGUAGGAAUAUGUGAUGUCAAACGGAAGACUCAGAAGUUUUGUGUGGCCUAUUUCUCCUGUCAGGUUGCACAGAUGCAUGUAGAGCAUUCUUAGGAGAUCAUUGUUUUAGAAAACUUUGAUUUGUAAGUGUUAGCUUUCAUGAAAUUGCAGCACAGAGACAGGUGCUAAAAGUGGAAUGUAUUUAAAAUUUGUUGAAUUAGACACACACACACAGACACACACAAAGAAUCAGCAGAGAAAAAAAAAUACAAGUCCUGUUCUGUAGCUCUUGCCCUUUGAAUAUAUUUGGGAAGAGUUGCUUCCUAUGUCAGGACCCUGCCAAAAAAGAAGAAAGCUUGCCUUUGGUGGGGCUAUGUCCCUUGGAGUAAAUACGGCUCUGUGUUCUCUAGCAGCUGCCGGAGGAUUUGGCUGAUGAAGUACCUGCUCAGCUUAGCUAAUCAGAUUGAAGGAAGACAUGUGUGUUUCUUGUUUAAGCACCUAGUCCCUUAUUUAUCAGUUAACAGGUUUUUAAAAAUCUUUUAUAUCAUUUAUAGGAUAAAACAUAUGCUUGUCUGAAAAUAUCACUUUUCGUGGAUUUAUCUGAUCACCAAACAAUGAAUAUUAUAGAAGAAUGGGGGGAAAAGGAUAGAACAUUAAAACUGCUUUGCAUGGGUUUUUUUGGGAAAUUAGGAUAUCUUCACUGACAAGACACUGAAUGGAAUUUAUUCGUCCAUUUUAAAUUGGUUACUUGGGGAUCAAAGAUUUGUCUCUCCAACAGCUUGUCAUUUUCUCAUUACUCAUUUUCAGGAAAGUUUGGAGUGUUACAAGGCAGAAGGAAACACAGUAGCAAUGGUUGCUCUAUAUUUUGUCUUUCAAAGAUUACUGCAUUACCAAGAAACACCAGCCAAAGAUGUGUGAAGAUCAUGUCCCUUGGCUGCAUUGUGGGUUAUUCUAGAAAUCCAGUGUUAAAUGCCUCUACUAAAGUGAGGAUUCCCCAUAAAAAUUGUCCAGCUACCUGACUCUUUUGCAGUAACAACUUUGAUUACUGAAUCCAUAUACUCAAACUAUAGUGAUAUAUCAGUGUUUGAGAGUGACCUCAAGAAAAAAGAAAA